AUGAGAACGGCAAAAGUUUAUAGUGUCUCCAAAAUUUAACAGCGCGAAAUGUGUGCAGAUUUUCAUCGAAUAAGGAAUACCAGAAAAAUUGUGUUAAAAGUAUGGAUAUGUAUAACAUACAUUAUGCUGAUGAUGACUUGCGAUGGAGCCGACAUCUCCUGCCCAAGCGAAUGCUCAUGCCACGCUACGUUCGACCAAGAGGUCGAGAGUUCACUCCGUGUAGAAUGUAUCAGAGGUGACAUGAAAUCAAUCCCCGUCGACUUCUUAGACCACAAAGCCGAAAUCGUAAUAAUCUCCGCUCCACUUGGACGACCCAAUUUUCUCACAAUUGGUCCGAUUUUCACCCAACCGACGCCUUUUGUCAAUCUACGCGAACUUCACAUUGUAAAUUCAAAUGUCCCUUCCAUUGGGCAGUACUCCUUUUGGGGUCUUCAAAAUUUGAGACUUGUAAAUCUUACGCAUAAUAAUCUUACAAGUAUAGGAGCUGACAAUUUCCGUGGCCUUAUAAACCUCACUGAGCUAUAUCUCGACUUUAACAGUAUUGAACAAAUGCCUAGUGAAACUUUUAGGCAUUUGACCGCUCUAAAGAUUCUUAACCUAGCACACAAUCAAAUUUCUACUUUAGGACCGAGGUUAUUUCGUAUGCUAGCAAAACUCAUCUUUUUAGAUUUGAGUUAUAACCCCUUGACCGAUUUGAAUCCAGAAGUUUUUAAAGAUAUACAACAUCUACGAAUUUUUAAAUGCCGUCGUUGCUUAUUACGAAGAGUAAACACACAAAUAUAUCACUUGGUUCCUCAUUUGGACGAACUGGACUUGGGUGAAAAUCAAUUUAAAUAUUUGACAUCCGAUGAGUUUAUAAGCUUAAAAAAAUUAAAAAAACUUAAGUUGGAUGGGAAUCAGUUAUCAGUGAUUGUCGACAAUAUGUUUGGGAGGAAUCGGGAAUUACGAACGCUUUCAUUGGCACGCAAUCGUCUCGCCCUGCUGGCGCCCGCUGCCCUCACAAAUUUAACAGCUCUAGUGCAUCUGGAUAUAAGCCACAACAAAAUUGAUAGGUUCCACUUGCAAACGUUCGCUCCUGUUGUUGAUUCUUUGAAAACCAUAAACUUCAGUGGAAAUAACUUACCACUUAGUGAAAUCGCUAUUGUUCUACAAAUAUUACCAGAAAUACAUGGCAUCGGAUUAGCAAAUUUAUCACUAAUCGACAUACCACUGAAUUUUUUCACAUACAAUGAACAUUUAAUAGCAUUGGAUAUAUCCUGGAAUAAAAUAACUACUUUUCCUUACAAACUUCUCACGAAAACAAAAUUUUUACAACGACUUGACAUAUCGAGAAAUAGACUACAUACCCUAAAUGAAGAAGACUUACAGAGAUUAGAAGCAAUACCGUACGUUGACUUAUCGAGGAAUCACUGGCGAUGCGAUCAAUGUUCAGCUGAUACCAUGCUGGUGUAUAUGACAACAACUGUUCUUAAUAUGACAAUUCGCCAAUUGAAAUGUCAUUCACCGUUACGACUUCACGGCGUAUCGUUUGGGGAUCUCACAGUCGAUGGCUUAGAGCUUUGCGCGACAACCCAUGAAGCUCAAAUGAGUGUAAUUGCUGGGCUCAUGUUAUUGUGCGUAGCAAUACUCGCAGCUGUUACAACAGCGCUAUGUUGUUCUCGACGCCGUGCAGCACAAUACUAUACAAACGAGGAGAAACGACGAGGACACGAGCAUGAACAUCCUGAAGAGCUUCUUGGUCGAACGGAUUUGGGUAGUGUUGCAACAAUCCACGCGCCAGUGCAUUUGGUAACCAAGAGUAGCUAACAUCGCGCUCCCACUCCGCCGGUGCCCAGGCGCGCUCGCCGAGUGCCUAUUUCCUCAAUUCAAUCCGACUCAGCUACUCUCCAAUCUGCUCCACUUCGACACAUUUCUACGAAUUUCUCGAGUGUCCCGAAAGACAUUAUAUGAUA